AUGUAUGGAGAAAUUCUAGAGAAUGUGUUCCACUUGGAGUUGGCUAGCUGGAGAGCUAUUUUCUAUGGCAACAUGGCGCGGCCUCGUGCUAAACUCCUUCUAUGGAAUGCGUGCCAUCAAAAGCUUCCAACUAAAGAGAGACUUUUAAGGUUUGGGUUGAUUAAUGAAGCCAAGUGUAAUUGGUGUGCAGAGGUAGAAACUCAACAUCAUUUGUUCUUUAAUUGUCAUGUGUUGAGAGAGAUUUGGGCCAAGGUGCUGAAGUGGAUUGAUGUUGAUCACAAUCCUUUAGACUGGAAUAAGGAAGUGAACUGGAUCAUCAAGGAAGGAGGUAAAAAGAAAGCUAAUUACAGAAUUUUGAAGACUGCUUUUACUGAGGCUCUUUAUGAAAUGUGGGCACUCAGAAAUAGAGAGCUCUUUAAGAAUAGUAAGAAUAAUGUAGAUGUCUUGAAGAGAAUAGAGGAUAGUAUUGUGUAUAGGAGUUGGCAUAGCAAAAAGAUUAGGAUUUGCAUUAGCAAACUCUUGUUGCCUUAG